UCCGCCAUUGAAAAUUCAAUUUGUAUACAACUUAUGGACGCCAUUGCAUGUUAGGGAAGUUGUGAAGCUUUCUUGUUGUUCCCGCGUGAAAACUAAUAAGUUUAUUUACACUUUUAUAAACUCGUCGAUUUUCCCUCGAACAGAAUGAAAAGAAGUCGUCAGUUCAAGGAAGGUGACAAAGUUUUUGCCAAAAUUAAAGGAUACCCAGCAUGGCCGGCAGUGGUACUCGGCAAAAGCGGCAAGAAAUUCAAUGUACAGUUCUACGGAACUGGCGAAACGGGGAACAUUAAACCGGAAGAUAUAUGCUACUAUUUGAAGAACAAGGAGCAAAUGACAAAGGGAUCCAAGAAAAAGGAGUUCAAAGAUGCAAUUGACCAGAUUGAAAAAGCCAUUGCGGUUGAUGGAACCGAUGGGGAUGAUUCUCCAUCUGAUGAACAGUCACCAGCUCCAAAGAGAAAACGAACAAACUCUGAAAAAUCGUCAGAUUCUGCAAAGGUUAGCAGAAAUUCUGAAAGUGAAGGAGAAUCCAACAUGAGUGAAAGUACAGCAGAUGGCCCCACUGAACCUAAAGUGGAAAAUGACACCGAGAAAGAGGAUAAUGAGACAAUGGAUGAUGCGGACGUUAAUAACCCACCAACUGAUGAAGAUCUCCCGUUUCUUCCAAACGUUAAAAUUGUUUCAGAGCUUAAUCUCAAAAACUGGAUUAUCUAUGCUGAUGCUGUUAAGGAAAACCCAGAAUUAUACAAAUCACGUCCUGUGGAUCAGAGAUGCUAUUUCCAGAAUCAAGUAUUCCCCGUGCUGCUGCCGUCUGGUAAAUACGCUGGUUUAAAAUUGCACAAAACCUGGCCACUUCACUUUGAAAAUGAAUAUGAUUGUGCUAUGUAUGACAACGAUACAGCUUCUCGAGUUCUGCUAUUGAAAGAAUCAGUUAUAACUGGAGAAGUAACAAUGGAAAGUGACCCAGAGUCAUUUUUGGAAGAUUUUGAUCUGACAGAAACUGAAAUUCGCAGAGAUGCUGAAAUGAAACUCAUCAACAAUAAAUAUAAGAGGGUUGAAAGAUUGAGAAGUGAAUCCACAUUGGUUGAACUCGAUGCAAAAAUAAAGAACUGCUUAGGGUUGAAUAAGGCUGACCCAAAGAAGGCUCUGGAAUUUUUGGAUCAAAUGUUGGAAAUCAACAUGGACGAAAUCAUGCUAAAAAAACAUUCCCAUGUGGUCGAAAUGAUCAGGAGAUUAAGAAAAUACAUUGGGAAUGUUGAUGAAUGGAACUUGUCACCAGAGGAGUUAGAUGUCUUCAACACCGAUGCACAAAAAUUAAGAACCAAAGCUGAUGAAAUUUACAAGAAAUUCAAAUCUGUUGUUAAACUACCAGCCGGAUCUAUAAACUUCUGGGACGGGUUUAAUGACGUAGUUCGCAAAUUUAGAGAAGACUGCAUCCACUUAAAUAAUAGAGAAGUAUUUGUUCUGUGUGCUGAACCUUAUUCGCGUCAGGCUAUUAUUGACAGGCUUGAACAAGAAGAAGAAUUGCAGGAAGCAGAUAUUCAUCGCCCUGUUGAGGCGGACACAGAUAAAGUUGGAGAAUCGUAGUAAGGUUGCCAAUUUGGAAAAUGGAUUUCAUGUUGCAUAAGUUUAUAAAAUUUCCAAUCUUUUUUUUUUAUUAAAUGUUCCACAUUUCUUAUUUGUAUAUCAACAUAAUAAUAGACAUACAUUCUAGUAUAAA